AAUACCAUUCAAAGCAAGCGUAUCGAUGACCACAGAGUUUGACAACUCCUACAAUAAUGGCGACUUCCGUAUCAAAACAAGACGACACAUCUUCAUAUGAUGCAGACAAAGAUGCACCAUCAUCGACAGCAAAUGCAAAGUGGCCCGAACCUGUCGUAUCAUCUAGCAUAUCAAGUAUUCUAAGUAUGCUAAUCGAGAAAAAACCGGAAAGGAAAUUAAAACGUCCACGUCGUGACCCCAAAACCAUAGAGCGGGCUAACCUGUUGAAUAUCUGUAAGCUUGUCAUCAAGGAGCUGCUAGACUCGUCAAUUUCACAGGGACGCAUGCUGGAUGAUGAACACGUACCCCUGCAGCAGUUCUUUGUCGUCUUGGAGCAUGUCCUCCGCCACGGUAUCAAACCUAGAAAAGGUAUCCUUCGGGACAAGAAGGACUUCUGGUGUGUCCUGGAGAUGGUGGAGAAGUUGGUCCCGGAAGCCUCGGAGAUCAGCACCAGCGUCCGGGACAUGCCCCAUAUCAAAACCCCUCUAGGACGAGCUAGGGCCUGGCUGAGACUGGCGACCAUGCAGAAGACCUUGGCUGACUAUUUUAAGGUGUUGAUGGAGAAGAAGGAUGUAGUUCUGAGUGAGUUUUACGACCCGGGGGCGAUGAUGGUGGAAGAUGAGGGGAUGGUUAUCGCAGGACUGCUAGUUGGACUCAAUGUCAUCGACUGUAAUAUUUGCGUGAAAGAGGAGGAUCUAGACCAACCUAUGGGUGUGAUAGACUUUAGUUUGUAUCUUAAAGACACACGGUUACACGACCAGUCUCCUGAUGAAGACAGUGCUGAAGGAAAAUCCAAAAUGGCUACAAUUUUAGAUCAGAAAAAUUACCUUGAAGAAUUGAAUAGGCAUUUGAAUGCUACAGUAACAAAUCUACAACAAAAGAUGGAGACAGCACAGACAACUAAUGCCUUAAUGAAGGAAGAUUUGGCCAUUUCUAAAAACGCCAUUCUCUCUCUUCAAGAGGAAAAUGAGAUACUAUUGGCAGAGAAAGGCAGCCUUCUCCAGGAUGCUCAAAAUAAGAUGGAGUCAGAAAUCAAAACGGCAUCGGCUAGUAAACAAGAUAUAGAAACUGAGAGAGAAACGUACCAGACCUCUCGGGCAGGGCUCGAUGAAAUGUACGGCGACAUGAAAAAAAAGUUGGAUGAUGAAACGCACACAAGACUAGACGUGGAAAAAGAGUUGGAACUCCAGAUCGGUAUGAAACAGGAAAUGGAGAUGGCGUUGAGGAUUUUAGAAAAAGAUAUUCAUGAAAAACAAGAUACCAUGAUAUCUUUACGAAAACAGCUCGAAGAAAUCAAAACAAUAAACCUGGAACUUUACCAGAAAUUACAGUCCUGUGACCAAAGUCUAAAACACAAAACGGAGUUGGUGAUGAAACUAGAAGACAAAACUACGCAACUUGUCACAACACUUAAAGACAUGGAGAAGAGACUUAAACAAGCAGAUUCUGACAAAAUGGCUGCCGAGGAAACAGCCCGAAAACUGGGUCAGGUUAUAGCUGAUAAAGACUGUAAACGAACGGCGUUAGAGACAGACCUUAGAAUAGAACGGGAAUGGCGAGGAACGCUUCAGAAAACCCUGGAACAGGAGAAGGAAACGGCUGCCCAGCUACAGGCUGAAUAUACCCAAGUCAAGGAGGUGGAAAAGGAAUAUAAAUCAUUACAAAAAAUGCACAUGGGCCUUCAACAGACGUGUGAGGAACAGGAAAGGACCCUAGCAGAACUCGGCUCCCAUCUAAGCGAAUCAAAGCUGAAGGUUGAGGACAUGCGAGAAGCAAGCCAAGUGACUAAAGAAGCUGCAUGGAUGAGCGACAAGGAUGCUUUACAGUGUAGUAGCUGUGAUAAAGAGUUUUCUUUAGCUAGGAGAAAGCAUCAUUGUCGGAACUGUGGUGAGAUUUUCUGUAAUGAAUGUUCAGACAAUAAGAUGCCGUUACCUUCAUCAGCUAAGCCUGUGCGUGUCUGUGAUUCUUGUCAAACUUUGCUACUGCAACGAUACUCAUCAGCUGGAAACUAAGCCUAGGGGAGACUACUCUAUCACACACAUUUGUCAAAGGGGAAGAAGGGAGGCAACUCAUAACAUGGCUGAGAUAAUACAUUUUCAUGCAUGAAAACGCAAGAGGAAGGAACAGGUUGCAAUAUAUAUUCUUUUCGUUAAUGUUGAGAUAAAUGUUUCAAUCAUCACAUCUACAGAUAUACAUCUACAGAUAUGAACAGCCUAAUAUAGGAGUUGUCCAUGAUACACAUAAAUGGCCAAAUGCUUAUUCGGUUGAAAGUUUAAUAUUCAGUGACUCGAGGAUUUCAUUUAUUAACCCAAGAGGACGCUACAUUUACAUACUCAGUAAUACCAAACAUAUUGCUAACAAAUGAAACACUUAUUUUGACCCAAAUAUGUGUUAACCAACUCCAUUUUGCUGUAAUAAGCAGUGACCUAAUGUCCUCUUAGGAUGAUUGUUAUUAUUUUGCCUAUUACAAACAUUGUAGUUUUGGUUGACAUCAUUGUGAAUCACUGACUAGCGCGUUAAAUGAAAUGCUCAUUUGUGAUCGGUCAAAAAUUGAUUAUAUAAAAAGAAUUACGCACAUUUUUAAUUUGUCCAAAAGGAAUAAAAGGUUGUUUGCCUUGCAAAUGAAAUUAUAAGAAAUGAUCAAAAUUUGUUUGUGAAGUUGCCGUAUAUAUCUCAGUAGACACAUAUAGCAUAACCAAAUUAAAAUCUGUGGCAUUUCUUCUGAAAAAGAUAUAGAGAAGCAUUGAACCCGCGUACAGGGCCACUAUAAUGCCUCCAUAAUAGCUGGUAUCAUUUCUAUAUGACACUGGUGUCAUUUACUUAUACAUGUUUUAUUUGUGUAUUAUGCGCUUUCAUAGAAAGUUAAAUUGAUAGCUAAUGGCAUAUCAUUGUGUUGCCAACGAUGCGCUCUAGUCACAAGCAUGUUCCUGCGCGUUAAUGCUUGAUAUUGGUCAACAGAACUAUUGCGCAUACUACUAGAACCUCUUGCCAAGACGUAUCGGGUGAAAUUGUUGUCCGUUUCUGUCAUCUAAAAUGAAAUUUGUCAUCACAUUCUUACAGAACCUGCUGCUGGACAUGUGUGUUCGUUAGUGUGCCACAGAUGUAUCAAACUAUACUCUGGUUUAUUUCAAUUUUGAGACUCGUCCGUACUCAUGUACAUGUCAGAUACUAGUGACUUCGAUGGUAGUCGGAGUUACGCGUUUCAAUUAUUGCUGUAAGCUAAAUCCGCGCACUAUUUCUUGUUGUGCGCGUAUCAGAAACGGGCAUGGUUGAAAUAUUAUUUCGGUUGGCCGGAAGGGUUGAUUGGGAUGUGAGUUUGUUGAACUAAAAAAAAACGGUGCGAAUGAUUUUGCCUAAAAAGAAUUAGUACGAUAUUAUGAAUGUGUAUGGUGUGAUUUUAAUGAGAAGGCAUGAUGAGAUUAUGUAAAUUGUAUACCAUUGAAGUGAUAAUAUUCAUGAAAUGCUUAAAAACGGCUCUUUAUAACCAGUAUGUGUGUAAAGGUGUUCCAACAUGUAUAUAUGAGGCUUAGAUAUUUAAAUAUACUAAUAUACUAUUUUAACAGAGCAACAAUUAAAUAUCCAUGAUGAAUGAUAUGUAUUGCAUAGCUAUGUUCACAUAAUAAAAUUUGAAAGUGAUUGUUAUUGAGUCGUUGAAGUCAUUGAAAGUGCUUCUAUGAAUAAAUUAUAU